AUGAUCACGACUGCCACAUGGGUGCCGCGAGGCUUCGCGGCCCCAUUUCCGCAAAAGUACAGCUUCGACGAGGAGGAGUUCGAGCGCAUUGCCCAACUAGCCAAGCUCCAGCUGGACGAUGCGAAAGAGGAUCUCGAGGAGGCACAAGCAAACGAUGGCGAAGCAGAGCCUAGCGAGGCGCCGGCUAGCACCAAGGAGUCAAAGAAGUCGAAGUCGAAGUCGAAACCUCAGCCGGAAACGGAGGAUGAUAUUGAAAUGAUGGACGAUGAUCUGAAAGAAUACGAUCUAGAGCACUAUGACGAUGACGAUGAGGAGAACACAGCCGAGGGCCAAGAAAUGGGCAUGUUUGGAAACAUCAAGUCGCUAGCCUACUACGAAAACAACAAGGAUGACCCGUACAUCACCCUGCCCGCAGGCGAAGAUGAGGAGGAGGAUGAGCGGGAGGAUCUCCAGAUUCUUGCUACGGACAACCUAGUUCUUGCUGCCAAGGUGGAGGAUGAGAUGGCUCAUCUGGAGGUCUAUGUGUACGAGGACGAGGCGGACAACCUCUACGUCCACCAUGAUAUCAUGCUGCCUGCUAUACCGCUGUGUGUGGAAUGGCUAGAUAUUCCAGUUGGCAAACCGGGUGUCGAGAAGGACUCGACGGCCAACUUCGUCGCGGUUGGCACGAUGGACCCUGAUAUCGAGCUUUGGGACCUGGACACCGUGGAUUGCAUGUAUCCGAACGCUAUCCUUGGCCAGGGAGGCAAUGCGGAGGAAGAGAAAAAGAAGAAAAAGAAAAAGAAGAAGUCAAAGAAGGCAAACGACGAGUAUCACGUGGAUGCGGUUCUGUCUCUGGCCGCCAACAGGAAACACCGCAACCUCCUAGCAUCGGCAUCAGCAGACCAGACUGUCAAGCUUUGGGAUCUACACACGGCCAAGUGCGCCAAGUCUUACAGUUACCACACGGACAAAGUCUGCUCGCUCGCGUGGCACGCAGUUGAGUCGACGGUCCUACUAAGUGGCAGUUACGAUCGAACGGUCGUGGCCGCGGAUAUGCGAGCACCAGACGCGAAGGCCCCCAGAUGGGGUGUUGAGAGCGACGUCGAGAAUGUCAGGUGGGAUCCUCAUGACCCCAACUUCUUCUUCGUCUCCACGGAGAACGGCGUCAUUCACUACUACGACAUCAGAAAUGCAUCGCCGGACCCGGCUGCGAGCAAGGCAGUCUGGAAGCUGCAGGCUCACGACGAAUCUGUCUCAUCUUUCGACAUCAACAGCGUCAUUCCCGGUUUCAUGGCCACCGGAUCAACAGACAAGACCGUCAAGCUGUGGAACAUUACGCCGACGGGUCCGGGCAUGGUGGUGUCACGAAAUCUAGAUGUAGGAAAGGUCUUCUCAACCACAUUUGCGCCCGAUGCCGAGGUGGCAUUCAGACUGGCCGUGGCAGGCAGCAAGGGCACGAUGUCGGUGUGGGAUACCAGCACGAAUGCGGCUGUCAGGCGUGCAUUUGCAAACAAGCUUGGAAACAAAGCUGAUGAGGAGGUUGAAGAGAGGCUGAUUGGUGUAGAGGAUGAUGAGAGCAGUAGCGAGGACGAGGAGGAAGAGGAGUCCGGAGCCGCCGUAAAGCAGUCAGACGAAUCCUCCGAAGAGGACGUAUAG